AUGUCACAUUUUAAUCAUACGGUUAUUGCUUGUGUUCUUUUUUUUACCUUAUCAUCAGCAAUAUUUAUGAUGUUUUUAUUUCGUAAAAAGAAAAAACAAAAAAAACGUAAAAAGGAUGAAGAUUCUAAUAUUGAAAAUUUAGAUAAAAUUAAUGAAUCUAAAAAGGUAUCAUCUUCUUAUCACAAAAAUAUGAAUAAAGAUCACAAAGAAAUAAAAAAUAUACCUGUAAUAGAAAGUAUUGAUGAAAAUAUUACAAUAAUUAAUAAUGAUGAAAAAAAUUUAAAGAUUAAUGAUUAUCUUAAUGUUACUCCUGAUCCAAUAUCAAUGGAUGAAAAUGAUACGGGAUUUAGUUAUAUAACAAAUGAUGAUAAAAAAUUAUGGAUUUGUUAUAGAAUUGUAGCAUCAUAUCCUUUAAAUUAUAUUAUAACAAAUUCUAUGGGUUUUAUAAAACCGCAAGAAACAAUAAAGAUUUUAAUUAAAUUUAUAUCAUUGCCUGACAAUCAAAAUUCAGUAUAUUGUUUUGCAGAGGAGCAUGCUAUAAUGAUACAAUGGUUUUUUCUUUCUGACUCUGAAAUGAAUAAUGGUCCAAAAUAUUUUUUUAUAAAAAAAUAUCGUAAAUCAAAUUGGAGGAGUAAAGUUAUUAGAUGUAUAUUUCUUGACAAAUACCAACAACAAGAUAUUAAAAAAUAA